AUGUUCAAUGAAAGUGAAUCGGAUUUGGAUACUCAUUCUAUCAACUACUGCUUUACACACAUCAAUUUAUCAUGCAUCAAAGAUUUCAAAGCAGAAGCUACGGACAUUAUUUUAUACAUUUUCGUUUCUGCAAUAUCCAUGUUAACUGUGUUUCUGAAUCUGCUGGUGAUCAUCUCCAUCUCUCACUUCAAGAAGCUUCACACCCCAACCAACCUGCUCAUUCUCUCUCUGGCUGUGUCGGAUCUGAUCGUGGGACUGAUUGUUAUGCCAGUGCAGGGCAUUAAAUUGAUCGAUUCAUGCUGGUACUUUGGAGAGACAUUUUGUUCGUUAUUUCCAUAUUUUCUUUAUGUGGUUAUCUCAGCAUCUCUUGGUAAUUUGAUUAUCAUUUCUGUGGACCGUUACAUUGCUGUCACUGACCCUCUGAGAUAUCCGACAAGAGUUACAAAUAUUAGAACAAUUUUUUGUAUUGUUAUGAUUUGGUUUUGGUCACUCAUAUUUGGUAUCAUCAUCUUAAGCCAUGCUACAUUUCCCACAGACAAGAGUCAGAAUUGUUUAGGAGAAUGUAGACUUGUCGUCAAAUUUGAAUAUUUUAUCACAGACCUUAUGGUUACUUUCAUUGGACCUUGUUGUACCAUCCUUUCUUUGUAUCUUAGAAUCUUAUGCAUAGCAAAACAACAGGCUCAGAAUUUAAUUUCGUUCAAAGGUAAAAGGGUCUGUUUACAAGACAAGGCUAUGAGAACCAUAGGGAUUUUGGUGGCCGUCUACCUCUUGUGUUUUAUACCGUACUAUAUAGCUGUUCUUACUCAGCUACAUAAACCUGAUGACAAUGUAAUAAAUGUAACAUGCUGGAUAAUAAGCAUGAAUUCCUGUAUGAAUCCCAUCAUCUAUGCCUUGUUUUAUAAAUGGUUUAGAGUAUCAGUUAAACACAUUCUGACGCUAAAAAUAUUUGAACCAUUAUCAGAAUAUUUCAAUCUUUUGCCACGGAAUGAAGUUUAA